CUUUCAGCUGGUGAUCACAAGCUUGUACAAGAAUUCACUGAUGGCUUUCAAGGAUAUGCUGUAUUCAGCUCAGGACCAGGCACCUUCUGUGGAAGUUACAGAUGAAGACACAGUAAAGAGGUAUUUUGCCAAGUUUGAAGAAAAAUUUUUCCAAACCUGUGAAAAGGAACUUGCCAAAAUCAACACAUUUUAUUCAGAGAAGCUUGCAGAGGCCCAGCGCAGGUUUGCUACCCUUCAGAAUGAGCUUCAGUCAUCACUGGAUGCACAGAAAGAAGCCACUGGUGUUACCACACUGCGACAGCGCAGAAAGCCAGUCUUCCACCUGUCCCACGAGGAACGUGUUCAACACAGGAACAUUAAAGACCUUAAGCUGGCCUUCAGCGAGUUCUACCUCAGUCUUAUCCUGCUGCAGAACUAUCAGAAUCUGAAUUUUACAGGGUUUCGAAAAAUUCUUAAAAAGCAUGACAAGAUACUGGAAACAUCUCGUGGAGCAGAUUGGCGAGUGGCUCAUGUAGAAGUGGCCCCAUUUUAUACAUGCAAGAAAAUCAACCAGCUAAUCUCUGAAACUGAGGUACAUGCACCUGCCCCAGCAUGGACUACUUUUAGAGUUGGCCUAUUUUGUGGAAUAUUCAUUGUAUUGAAUGUUACCCUUGUGCUUGCCGCUGUAUUUAAACUUGAAACAGAAAGAAGUGUGUGGCCCUUGAUAAGAAUCUAUCGGGGUGGCUUUCUUCUGAUUGAAUUCCUUUUUCUACUGGGCAUCAACACGUAUGGUUGGCGACAGGCUGGAGUAAAUCAUGUGCUCAUCUUUGAACUUAAUCCAAGAAGCAAUUUGUCCCAUCAGCAUCUUUUUGAGAUCGCUGGAUUCCUUGGGAUACUGUGGUGCCUGAGCCUUCUGGCGUGUUUUUUUGCUCCAGUCAGCAUCGUCCCCACAUAUGUAUAUCCACUUGUCCUUUAUGGAUUUAUGAUAUUCUUUCUUAUCAACCCCACCAAAACUUUCUAUUAUAAAUCUCGGUUUUGGCUGCUGAAACUGCUGUUUCGAGUAUUUACAGCCCCCUUCCAUAAAGUAGGCUUUGCUGAUUUCUGGCUGGCUGAUCAGCUGAACAGCCUGUCAGUGAUUCUGAUGGACCUAGAAUACAUGAUUUGCUUCUACAGUUUUGAGCUCAAAUGGGAUGAAAGUAAGGGCCUGUUGCCAGAUGAUAUAGCAGGACCAGAAACUUGCCACAGUUACUCGUAUGGAGUGCGGGCCGUUGUGCAGUGCAUCCCCGCUUGGCUUCGCUUCAUCCAAUGCCUGCGCCGAUACCGAGACACAAAAAGGGCAUUUCCUCAUUUAGUUAAUGCUGGAAAAUACUCCACAACUUUCUUCACCGUGACGUUUUCAGCCCUUUACAGCACUCACAAAGCACGAAGUCACUCGGACACCAUGGUGUUCUUUUACCUGUGGAUUGUCUUUUGCAUCAUCAGUUCCUGCUACACCCUCAUCUGGGAUCUAAAGAUGGACUGGGGUCUCUUUGAUAAGAAUGCCGGAGAAAACACCUUCCUCCGGGAAGAGAUUGUUUACCCCCAAAAAGCCUAUUACUACUGUGCCAUCAUUGAGGAUGUGAUACUGCGCUUUGCUUGGACUAUCCAAAUCUCAAUCACCUCCACGACUGCGUUGCCUCAUUCUGGAGACAUCAUUGCUACUGUCUUUGCUCCCCUUGAGGUUUUCCGGCGAUUUGUAUGGAACUUCUUCCGCCUGGAGAAUGAACAUCUGAACAACUGUGGUGAAUUUCGUGCUGUGCGCGACAUCUCUGUAGCCCCCCUGAACGCAGAUGACCAGACCCUCCUGGAGCAGAUGAUGGACCAGGAAGACGGGGUGCGCAACCGCCAGAAGAACCGGCAGUGGAAGUACAGCCAAAGCAUAUCCCUGCGCCGGCCUCGCCUCGCUUCCCAAUCCAAGGCCCGUGACACUAAAGUACUGAUAGAAGACACAGACGAUGAAGCUAACACUUGAGUUCCCAGAAGUCUAGAUGAGCAUCCUUGGUUUCCUUCUCUUCAGUUCCCUCCUCGACCAACGCACCCUCUAGAACCUUUCCAGCUGGAACAGAAGACGCAGAACACAUUUCCCGAGCUCUUCCAGAUCGGAUCCUAUGGACUCCAAACAAGCUCACUGUGUUUCUUUUCUUUCUUCUGGUUUAAUUUUAAUUUUCUAGUUUUAAAACAAAUAUUUACUUCAUUUUGCCAAUCAGAGGACAUUUUGAGGAACAAAAACAUAGUAUCCAAUGGAUUGUUUACAAUCACAAGGACAUAGAUACCUAUCAGGAUGAAGAACGGGACACACGGACCUUCUGAUGGGACGGUACCGAGUUAGCUCGGCUUCCGGUUGGCCUGGUUUUGACUGGUUAAAACCGGACAUUGGUUUUUAAAUUUUUUGUCAGUUUAUGUGGAGAAAUGUUUCCUUUCCUUCAUACCCAGCGCAAAGGCACUGGCUGCACUUGCAGGGAAAGUGCAACGUAGGACAGUACCUUCAUUCAUGAAGCUACUUUUUAAUUUGAUGUAACUUUUCUUAUUUGUG